AUGGUUUCCAGAUAUAGAGUUGAAUACCAAUUGAAAUCUCAUCGCAAGGAUGAGUUAAUCGAAUGGAUCAAGGGCCUGUUGGCAGUGCCCUUCGUCUUGCACUCUGCUGCGGACGACAAAAAUAAUAGAGAACUGGUACGCAAGAGAUACGCAGAGACAUUUAAAGCGGUGGAGGAACUCGUAAACGAGCAAGUAGAGGUUCGAGAACAGGUUCCAGCUGAAGAUUUCCUUCACCAUCGUCAAAGAACAAGAUUGGCACAACUCGUCCCCUCAGUAGGGGCAUUUUUCACGAGGUUACCCUUGGAAGAUGCAUUUGCGCUGGAAGAUCACAAGAGAGCCAUUUCGGCUAGGGUCAUGGUCGCACCAAGUUUCAAUGAUAUCCGUCACAUCCUGAAUACGGCCCAAAUCCUAGAAUUGCGUCAAUACAACAAUGCCAAACUGGUCACCUUUGAUGGGGACGUGACAUUGUACGAAGAUGGAGGUUCGCUCACCGAACACAGUAAAGUUGUACCGUUCUUGCUGGACCUUUUGAGACAAGGCGUUUACGUUGGAAUUGUGACCGCUGCCGGUUACGAUGAGGCCCAAAAAUACAUGGAGCGUCUUUUCGGGUUCAUGAGUGCUCUGGAGAACGACGAGAGCAUAAGCGACGAGUUUAAGGAAAACAUGGCAGUUCUGGGCGGUGAAUCGAACUACCUUUUCCGGUACAAUGCUAAACUGCGUAAAUUGGUCGCGAUCCCCACACACGAGUGGAUCAGGUCCCCCAUGCGUGAGUGGAGCGAAUCGGACAUGACAGAAACACUAGAUUUGGCCGAGUCGCUACUACGUGAUUUUCGCACAACCCUAAACUUGCCCGAAGAGUCCACCAUUAUUCGCAAACCAAGGGCCGUGGGUAUCGUUCCAGGCAACAGGUGGAACCCAGAAACAAAGCGGACAAUUCGUGUCAAGAUGGACCGCGAGCAGCUCGAGGAGAUGGUGCUCACUCUGCAACGCCACAUUGAGAACUUUGCACCCGCACGUCGUAUUCAGUUCAGCUGUUUCGAUGGUGGAAGUGACGUCUGGUGUGACAUUGGGGGCAAAGAUCUCGGUGUAGCUGCUCUACAACACUAUUUCAGUCCUGACAAUCCGAUCAAGCCAUCUCAAACGCUCCACAUAGGUGACCAAUUUGCUCCCAUGGGAUCUGCCAACGACUUCAAGGCCCGGAUGUCCGGAAGCACGGUAUGGAUUUCGUCGCCUCAAGAAACUGUCGAAGUCUUACGGUGUUUGGCUCAAGGUUUCGAUCAUUACAAAUAG